AUGAAUGGUGAUAAAGACGCAUCAAAGGUCCUCACUGUCUCCCGAGCGUACUCUUUGGAGAAGUAUCAGAUGCUGAGGUACGAGGUUUCCUCUCCGUCUACCAUCACUCUGAUCUCUGGAACCGCAGAAAUAUAUGGCACAGAAUUGGUGACUGGAGUAGAAUUACAUAUUCCUGCGGGCCAGAGGGGAACAGUGGCGACGUUUCAUGGUUGUAAAGUUGUAGUUCACGGCUAUGGAAUCGCUGCUUAUCUUCUUAGUUCGUCGGAGGACCAAGAUAUUCUCCACGUGUAUAUGAACUUACAUGCCAGUUUGGAAUCGAUGCGUAAAGUAGCAGUUGAGGAGCAGGGACGAGGACCUAGGGUUUUGGUGUGCGGACAUGAAAGUGUUGGAAAAUCUACAUUGUGCCGCACAUUGGCCAGUUACGCGGCACGGAGGAAACACAAACCAAUAUUGGUUGACGUAAAUGUAGGAUUAAAUCAGGUUUGUAUGCCCACAACCAUCGCCGCGGUCGCUAUAACAAAACCUUACGACUUAAUGGAAGGAUGGGGCUUGGAAGAGGAUCCUUUGGUGUUUUGUUUCGGUCAUGUCGAUCCGGACAGCAAUCUGAAUCUGUUUCGAGAACAAGUCAAUCGUCUAGCAGAACAAGUGAACAUUCGAUCAGAGAAUGACACGAAACUGUUUACCAGCGGCUGCAUCAUUAACAUGGGCGGAUUUCGGAAAGAUGAUAUUGAUGGCGGGGCGAGCAAAGAUAAAGGUAUUCAGGCCAUCCGGGCCACCGCAGCAGCAUUCGAGGUGAGUGAGGCAUUGACCUUUUAUAGUGCUUUCUCAUCACCAGUUCGGAAUCUAUUUCGCGUCAGACAGCAACCAAAACCGGCGCACGAAAGUGCAUGGUUAAUGGUUGUAAAACUGAACUGA